UCAGUGGGGAGGGCUCCAUCUUAUAAGAGCCCCCGAAAGCCACGUCCAUGCCAUCAUCUGAUCUGCAAAGCCGGCGGAAAGAAGGAGAGAGUUUCUGAUUCCCCAACCCCGCCCCCUUCCAUCGAUUCUGGAGGGAGGGUGCGAAUCUCCAGAACCGUGCCGGGCGCCUCUUUUUUUUUCUUUUUCUUUUUUUUAGAUCCGACUGACCCCAGUGGACUCUUAAAUCGUCUUCAGAAUCAUGCAGUUAGAGAACAUCCUCCCCAGUGCUCUCCCCAAGACCUUUUACAACCUCUCCUCGACGGAUAGUGCAAAUAACAGCCCGAGGCCGCCUUCGCAACUAGAUUAUCAAGAAGUGGACCGGGCGGAACCGGAGUCAAACAGUGCUCCCAAGAAAUACCUGGCGAGCGUGCAGGGGAACGGGAUGAUGGGUGACCCAGAAGGGGACGCGUUCUCUAAAACCGGACCGGAUGGGAGGAAAGGCUCCCCGGUGCUCGGUGAGGACGAGCUGACCGGCGGCCGGCGGUACAACUUAGACGAACUUGGUUCUGAUCGCUAUUUCAUCUCGUCUUCUCAGGCGAGUUCCGACAUGGCAAGUCCGUGUUCCCUCUUCCCAUAUGCAGGACAAACGGGGUCCGUGUACACGGGCACCACCGGGUCCAGGUACCCGGCGUCACUCCACUACGGAUCAGUUCUCCCGCCCGCCGGCUUUUCCUCCCCGUCCGUAUGUACCGGCCGGAGUCAGUUCGGCAGCGGGGGCUAUCAGUUCAGUCAGGGUCCCGGCUGCUUGUACCCGUCUUACCCCGGUACGGGAAUCAGCUCCAUGUCUCUGCCCGGCUCCGGCGCAGGCCCGAGGGCACAGGUGUACCUUUGCAACCGGCCUCUGUGGCUCAAGUUCCACCGGCACCAGACGGAAAUGAUCAUCACCAAGCAGGGCAGACGGAUGUUCCCGUUCCUGAGUUUCAACAUCACCGGAUUGAACCUCACGGCCCACUACAACGUCUUCGUCGAAGUUGUUCUGGCCGACCCGAACCACUGGCGCUUUCAAGGGGGGAAAUGGGUCACUUGUGGCAAAGCGGACAAUAAUAUGCAAGGGAACAAAAUGUAUGUUCAUCCUGAAUCUCCAAACACUGGCGCACACUGGAUGAGGCAAGAAAUCUCCUUUGGCAAGUUGAAGCUGACAAACAACAAAGGGGCCAACAAUAAUAACACACAGAUGAUAGUCUUGCAAUCUCUUCACAAAUACCAACCCCGGCUGCACAUUGUUGAGGUGACAGAAGACGGAGUGGAAGACAUGAGCAACGAGGCCCGAACUCAAACCUUCACCUUCCCAGAGAACCAGUUUAUAGCCGUCACCGCCUACCAGAACACGGAUAUCACACAGCUGAAAAUUGACCAUAAUCCAUUUGCAAAAGGCUUUCGGGACAAUUAUGACUCAAUGUACACAGCCCCAGAGAGUGACAGGCUGACUCCAUCUCCGACAGACUCCCCCCGAUCAACCCAAAUCGUGCCGGGGGCUCGCUAUGCCAUGCAACCUUUCUUUCAGGACCAGUUUGUCAAUAACUUGCCUCAGAACCGCUUCUACAGCAGCGAACGGGCCGUGCCCCAAACCAACAGCCUCCUGUCGCCGCAGAGCGAGGACGCCGCGGCCGCCGCCUCCGCCCAACGCUGGUUUGUCCCACCGGUCCAGCAGCCGGGCUCCAACAAGCUGGACUUGUCCUACGACAAUGACUAUUCCACCAGUAGUCUGCUGUCCUAUGGCAUCAAACCUCUUUCCCUACAGACGUCCCACGCCCUUAGCUACUACCCAGAUUCAGCCUUUGCCUCCAUGGCGGCGGGCUGGGGCACCAGAAGCUCCUACCAACGCAAGAUGACCACGGGCCUGCCCUGGUCCCCUCGCCCAAGUCCGCCAGCCUUUGCAGAGGACCAGCUGGGGGCCAAUAAAGACAAGCUGCCGGAAGAAACGGCGCCGUCGGCGACCGGCUGGAUGGAGACUUCUCACUCGCUGAAAUCGGUGGAUUCUAGUGACGCCGGCGUGUACUCCAUGGUGUGCAAGAGGCGCAGGAUGUCCCCCGGGGCCUCCAGCACGGAGAACUCUCCCACCAUCAAGUGCGAAGAUUUGACCGCUGAGGAUUACAAUAAGGACAAUCCGAAAGGCACGGGUUAUUAUGCAUUCUACACAAGCCCCUAAGACUGUCUCGUGUAUUCAAACUAAAUAUAACCGAGUGCUCUCCAUUCCUUGUUAAUGUCUUUUUUUUUUCUCUUUUUCUCUAAAGGUGCCAAAGCUUAGCGUUGCUUCCCCCAAGCAAGCUGCACAA